CCUCAAGACACAAACAGCUUUGGAGAGUACCUGUACAUCAAAAUAUUCUCACAAAUCAGUCUCUCCAAUCUCUCUCUCUCUCUCUCUCUCUCUCUCGGAUAUGGAAAUCGAUGGAAUCGGCUCCGGCAACAGGCCGGCGAUCAUGGUGACGAACGACGACGGAAUCGACGCCCCGGGGCUCCGAGCCCUGGUUCAGGUCCUCGUCUCCGCCGGUCGCUACAUUGUCCAAGUUUGUGCCCCGGACUCGGAAAAGUCAGCAGUUAGUCAUAGCAUCACUUGGAGAAAUCCUCUUGCUGUUAAGCAAGCAGAUAUUCCAGGAGCCACAGCAUUUGCAGUUUCUGGAACUCCGGCGGAUUGUGCAUCUCUUGGGAUUUCCAAAGCAUUGUUUUCUUCGGUUCCUGAUCUGGUAAUCAGUGGCAUAAACAUGGGUAGCAACUGCGGAUAUCAUAUUGUUUACUCUGGCACAGUUGGCGGAGCUCGGGAGGCUUAUUUUAAUGGCAUACCUUCUAUCUCCGUAUCCUAUGAGUGGGUUGCGGGUAAGAGCCAAAUUAAUGACUUCACACUCUCUGCUGAAGCUUUCUUACCAAUCAUUGAUGCAAUACUAGCAGAGGUCAAGAACCAAACUUAUCCGCAGAGAUGUUUUUUGAAUAUUGAUCUGCCCACUGAUGUUGCUAACCAUAAGGGAUAUAAGCUGACAAAGCAGGGUAAGAGUAUAUUCAAAAUGGGAUGGAAUGAAGUUACUUCUGAUGCACAUGGUGGCAAAAUGUUGUCAACAAUGACGAUGGGAACGGAUUCAGCCGGAUCUGCUGAAACUGAUUCACAAGCUGUUUCAGCAGACUAUCAAUUGUUCCAGAGAGAAGUUAGGGCGGCCGAAGCAGAUCAUGAAGAUGGUACUGAUCACCGUGCUUUGCGAGAGGGAUAUAUUACUGUCACUCCCCUUGGUGCCAUCUCUCGCGCUGAGAUAGAUUGCCAUGCCUUCUUCGAAAAUUGGCUGCCAAGAGCAGCAGAACGCUUCUCCUCAUCAGCCUUAUGAGGCCAUAAGGUCCAUCUUUCGAAUAAAUUCUAUCAUCUUUAUCAGCAAGUAUUGUUUAUGGAGGAUUAUUUGCAACUGGCUCAAGGGGCUAUUUUAGGAAAAUCAAUUGCUUCCCUUGCAUGGUUUUCAUGUGAUUCUACUCGCCGCUACUACGAACAUCGUAAAGCACCAUAUGGACCAUGUUUCAUGAUUCAAUGUAAAAGCUAUUUUCUGUAAGCUGCUGCUAUACAUUCAUCUAUCAAUGAAUUUGAGAGUGACACAUAUUAUAAUGAGUUGCAUCCGCUUGAACUUGUCCGAACUCUCUAGGAUUUUUGUUGCUUCUGAGAAAUCAAGUAGUGCAUGACAAAGAUUCACUCUAGUGUUGUAUCUGAUGACGUACAACAUAACAUGGACGUGCAAUUAUUAGGAUGUUGGAGAUACACACACACACAGACACAAAGAUUUGUAUAGAUUUUAUUUAGGUAUAAAAAGAUUUGUAUAGAUUUUUCUCCA